AUGGCGACGAACCGAGCACGAAUAAACACAAACCUUGAAUAUGGGAUGAAUCGACGAACAGGAUCGCCUCCUGCCCAAGCGUAUUUCGAGACGUCGGACGAAGGCGCACCUCACCCUGUGUCUCCCGAAGCAGGCUCCCACUUUGCGUACUCGACCACUCUCAGGCGACAUGGUGUCGGAGAGAGCCCUACUACAGGCAGGACAAUGAGCUUGGGGGCAGCAAGUGGGUUUGUCGAGCAAGUGUGGAACAGUACCUGGAACAAGGACAAGGACAAGGACGACGCUUACGGAGAAGAAGAUGCCAUUGGGCUCGCACUCAAAGGCAGAGACGAUACGCUGUCCGCCAAAUAUGCCAGUAUAUCACCAGAGGACACUUUACGCGACUUUCGCUCAGAUCCCACGAACGGUCUGGCAACUUCGGCCAUCCCCGCUCUGCGCGCUACCUUUGGAUACAACGAGUUUUCGGUCUCGGCACCUGAACCCGCCUGGCUCAAGUUUGCGAAAACUAUCUACGAGUCCCAUCUGAUUUUGCUGUUAUUUGGAUCGGCUGCUGUUUCUGCCCUGCUCGGCAACUUGGACGAUGCAAUUAGUAUCGCCGUCGCUAUUUUCAUCGUCGUGACCGUUGGAUAUGUCCAAGAACGAAGGUCAGAGGAAUCGCUCGCUGCUCUCAAUAAACUCGUCCCUCAUCACUGCCAUAUACUUCGGGAUGGACAGCAGGUACACUUGCUCGCCAACGAAUUGGUUCCAGGAGAUUUGGUUACUUUCCAUGUUGGCAAGUCACAUAUCCUUACCAAUAACGACUGCGAUCGAAUUCCCGCCGAUAUUCGACUCCUAACAGCACUCGACCUUGAAAUCGAUGAGUCUUCUCUGACAGGAGAGACUCAUCCCGCUCGUAAAAAGGUGGACACUUGCCCACCACGCGCUCCACUUGGCGAACGAUCGAGCAUCGCAUUCAUGGGAACACUCGUCCGUAAUGGCCGGGGUACGGGCAUUGUUAUUUCCACCGGCGCUGAAACCGAAUUCGGAUCGGUAUUCAGUCUAAUGCAGUCGGUGGAGGAAAAGCGAACCCCACUCCAAGCGUCCAUGGAUGAGCUGGCCCAUAAACUCAGCAUGCUCAGUUUCGGCGUCAUCGGCGUAAUUUGCUUGAUUGGUGUCUUGCAGCACCGUGGUUGGCUCGAAAUGUUUACGAUUGGAGUGAGCUUGGCCGUGGCGGCUAUUCCCGAAGGUCUUCCCAUCGUCACGACUGUUACUCUCGCAUUGGGUGUCCUUCGGAUGGCUCGUCGCAAGGCUAUAGUCAAAAAACUGCCCAGCGUCGAGGCUCUUGGCAGCGUUAGUGUCAUUUGCAGUGACAAGACAGGAACUUUGACUCAGAAUGAGCAAACCGUCAGUCAAGUAUUUGUCGUGGAUCAUAUAGUCAAUGUCGAAACGGGUUUCGGCACGCGCAUAAAUACGAACAUGGUUACUCCUGCAGUUCGAAAGACUCUCGAGAUUGGCGGAUUAUGUAAUAAUGCAUUUAGGAAUGCCGAAGGGAUCAAUGUUGGCCAAAGUACAGACGUCGCAAUGCUCAACGUUCUGGCCGAGUUUGGUGUUCGUGAUGAACGACGGAACUUUACCCGGUCCUCAGAACGUCCCUUCAACUCUGAAUCUAAAUACAUGGCUAUCACUGGGUCCCACAACCCAUCUUCUGCCGUCGCUCAUUCUCGCAAUCCUUCGCCCAUCCCCAGUCGAGAGAUGUACUAUAUCAAAGGAGCACUCGAUGUUCUUCUGCCCCUCUGCAAGACGUAUCAUAUUGCCGACGACGCCACUCCCCCACUGGAGCAAGGGGUUCGGCAAACUAUCAUGGCUCGGGCCGAGCAUUGCGCUAAAAGCGGUCUCCGUGUAGUGGGCGUAGGAUAUGCAUAUCUUCCACCUGGUUAUUCGAGCACCGAACCCCCGAGUGGCCUUGUAUUCGCCGGGUUCGAGGCCAUGAUGGAUCCCCCUCGCAAGGGUGUCAGCGAGGCCGUCGCCCAGCUCCAUGCUGGCGGGGUCAAAGUCGUCAUGAUUACUGGUGAUGCCACCCAUACCGCACAAUCAAUCGCCCAGUCCAUCGGACUCCGUACCACCGGAGUCGGAGCUUCGGCGGGGCUCGGAAUGGGAUUGGACAUGAGCGCGCGGAUCGGUAUGGGAGGGAUCGGACUCUCGCCUCGGGGCGCUAGUGCCGCUUCGGGCAGUUGUUUGACGGGUGCGGAGAUUGACGCUAUGGACGACCGGUCGCUGAUGGAGCGAGUAUCAAAUGUCACUGUCUUUGCGCGCACGACGCCGAGGCACAAGAUGCGGAUCGUCAAAGCCUAUCAGCAACGUGGGGAGGUCGUUGCAAUGACAGGUGAUGGAGUGAAUGACGCACCUGCCCUCAAAAUGGCUGAUAUUGGGGUAUCGAUGGGUAAAAGCGGUACGGACGUAGCCAAGGAGGCGGCCGACGUCAUCCUCGUCGACGAUAACUUUUCGACCAUUCUAUCUGCUGUAGAAGAGGGUAAACACAUUUUCUACAACAUUCAAAACUUUUUAUCUUUCCAACUCAGCACGGCCGUUGCUGCCCUCACCCUGAUCACCCUGAGCACAAUGUUCAGGCUGAGCAAUCCACUCAACGCGAUGCAGAUAUUGUUUAUCAAUAUUCUUAUGGAUGGUCCUCCUUCUCAAUCUCUGGGAGUUGACCCUGUCGACCGGGCCGUGAUGAAACGGCCGCCAAGGCGAAAGGACGAGCCGAUUAUUACUCAACGAAUCGUUGGACGGGUCCUCUUCUCUGCAUCUAUCAUCGUUUUAGGUAUCAUGUUUGUAUAUGCGCAUGAGCUCAGUGAUGGGAGCAUGUCCCGGCGCGAUCAAACCAUGACCUUUACUUGUUUUGUGUUCCUCGAUCUCGCCUCGGCCCUACAAAAUCGCGGUAUCAACUGCGGCCUCUUCCAAAACCAAAUGCUCCUUACCACCGUUUCUGUCUCAUUCCUGGUUCAACUUGGCUUCAUAUAUAUUCCGCUCUUCCAAUCCGUUUUCCAGACUGAAGCACUACCGGCACACGAUAUGAGCGUAUUGUUAUGCCUUGGCGCAGUAUCUAUGGGUUUACAUGAGCUUCGAAGAAGAUGGGAAAGAAAGACGAAUAAGGAGAUGGAUGCGUCGUAUUCCGGUGGAAUUGGAGAUGUAGUCUAG